AUGGAUGCUUUGGAAGAUGAAGUCAGUCGUCUGAAACAAGUUUCUUCCACACAAUCUCCGCUGCUGGUAGUGGGUUGCGACGUGACCGACCCCCAAGAGGUGCAGCAGUUGAUCCAAGCCGCGGAUCACUUCGCAUCGGAACAUUCCGAACCUGAGAAAAAGGCAACGCUACUGGUGAAUUGUGCUGGAAUCCUCCGCGAUAACUGGGUCUCCAAGCUUACCCUUGAAGAUUGGGAUGAUGUUUUGAAUGUAAAUCUGAAAGGGACCUUCUUGACCUGUCAAGCCUUUCUCGACCAAAACCGAAUCACGGAGAAUGGGAACUCUGAUGAUAUCUCUGUCGUGAACAUUGGAUCCAUCGUUUCCGAAGCUGGAAACAUGGGUCAAGCGAACUAUGCUGCGAGUAAGGGAGGGGUCUUAGGACUAACUCGAUCGUUGGCCAAAGAAGUUGCGCCAUUGAACGCUCGAGUCAAUGCAGUAGUUCCAGGAUUCAUUGAGACUCCCAUGACGAAUGCCAUCCCAGAUCAUAUGAAAUCCAGAAUGUUACCAAGGAUACCACUGAAAAGAUUCGGGCAACCCACCGAAGUCGCCGAUGCCGUAACGUAUUUGCUUUCACCUCGAAGUUCUUACAUCACAGGGCAAUCACUACAAGUGUGUGGAAUGGCUUCCUUGUAA